AUGGUGCGGAAAAAGCGUGAUGGCAAAGCGGCGGGGAAGUCAGGCUUUGGGGGGCUGCGUCAGCUGCUGAGCUUUGCACCCCGGCUGUGGCUGGCCUGCGCUGUGGUUUUGGCGCUUGCGGUGUCGACGAGCAAAGCGCCCUCCACGGACUAUCUGCAGCCGCUGCGUCGCCAGGGCUGCCUCUUUCACUUCGCGCCGGCCAGCGCGCGACUGCUGCCGCGCCUGUGGUCAGCGUUCACAGGGGAGCGGGGGGACUAUGCGGUGACCACCUUCAGAGUCAAGGAGAAGGGGCCGCUGUCCUUCGUGCCCAACACGUUGAUGCUCAGCAAGCCUACGCCUGAGAUGGAGGAGCAAUUAGACUCCUUGAGUGCCUCUGAGCGGAGCUUUCUGGACAGGCACCCCGGCCUGGCGACUGCUUUGGGCGCUCUGCUGCUGCGCCGAUCCGCAUCGAAUGCCAGCGGCUCUAUUGCCUGGCUCCGCGCCUUGCCGGCGGAGAUGCCCUUCUCAGGGAUGCUCAACAGAGAGCAGCGCAUGGCUUUGCAUGGCACCACGGCGCAGAGGACAGUGGACAUCAAUGACGAGAUUCUGCAAGAGCUUCAAAGAUUAAAGCUGAAGCAGGCGCUGAAGCGCUCGGAAGCCGCUUGGGCCUUGGGCUUCUUCCUCCACCACGGCCUGGAGCAGGGCGUCUUCGCCCCCGGUCUCCUGGACGGCGUGGCGCGGCACUGGGACCAGCGGCUCUGCGGCGCCUUGGCGCUGAACGCCCCGGUCACCGGGCGCCUGCCGGGCACGGCGCUGCUGGGCCCCGCGCGGGACAUGGAGCCCGGGGAGCAGGUCUUCGUGUGCUCGGAGCUGCCGAAUGGCCAGCUCUUCGCCAUGUACGGGGCUGCGUACCAAAACAACCCCCAGGGGGUGGCGCUGACCCAGGGCAGUGUGCCGGACAACUUGUUGGACUCGAUGCUGCAGCAGGCGGAGCUGGAGUUCGAGUGCCAGCGUGCUGAGGCACGAUCCUUGUACUUGCGGCGGCAGGCUGAGCUGCUGAGUUCCCGGAACCUUCGGUGCUCCUCCGUGCUGUGGCUGGGCGGCGGGUCCGAAGCCCGUCGAGCGAAGGAGUACUUGGAAACCUGGCCGAGGCCCGAUUCCAGCGACUUCCGGGAGAAGGAGCUGCGGCUGUACACCCAGGUGGCGCAGCAGUGCAACAGCUCCUUUCUGGAAAUCCAAGCGGCCAACCACACCGCGCUGGCCAAGGUCUACUCGGACAAGGGUCGCCUGUCCAAGAUGGUGGUGAUGGUCAGGACGCAGGAGCUGCAGCUCUACGACCACUGCCUCCGUUGGUGCGCCCAGCGCGUAGCUCAGCUCUCGGGCGAGCCUUCCGACGCCGAAGCGUCGGCCGGGAAGGCGGCCGCUUCGGGGUCGAAGGCGUUCCCGGGCUUCGCGGGGGCCGGGAAGGGGCGGAAGCGGAAGGAGCUGUGA